UGGUGGAAGAGGAGGAGGAGGUGGUGAAGGAGGUGGAGGUGGAGAACGACGGCGACAAGGAAGGGGAAGAGCAAGGGCACGAAGACAGUCAGUCUCGGAUGAAAUUCGAGCCACUUUAGUUGACCAUGUCCUUGUCCAUGGGAUGACUAUGAGGGAGGCUGGGCAACGAGUACAACCAAAUUUGAGUCGCUUCACUGUUGCCUCCAUCAUCAGAACCUUCAGGGAGGAAAACAGGACACAGAGACGACCACCUGGUGGAGGCAGGUUAAGGCUUUUGUCGGAGGAGCAAGAGAGGGAACUUGUAAACAUGGUAAUUGCAAAUAAUGUAAUCCGCCUGCAAGAGAUUCAAAGGAGAGUGAUUGAGGAUGAUCAUCUUUUUCGAGGCAUAAAUGCCAUCAGCCUCUCCACAAUUGACCGCAUCCUCCGAAAGAAUCAAUUCCGGAUGAAACAGGCAUACCGAGUCCCUUUCGAACGAAACUCUGACAGAGUGAAAAACCAACGUGUGGAAUAUGUUCAGAGAAUCUUUGAGAUUGAAGGACGGCCUGUUCCCCAUGAAAUGAUCUUUGUGGAUGAGGCAGGUUUUAACCUGACCAAAAGAAGGAAAAGGGGGAGGAACAUAAUUGGCCAUCGGGCUAUUGUAAAUGUCCCUGGUCAGCGUGGGGGGAAUGUCACUAUGUGCGCAGCCAUCAGCCAACGAGGGGUACUCCACCGCCAUGCCGUACUAGGACCCUAUAACACUAUGCUUCUCCUUGCUUUUCUUGAUGGUUUAAGACAACAUAUGUUCCAGCUGGACUACAGGGAACCAGCACAGCCAGAGCAGCCUCACUACGUUGUUGUGUGGGAUAACGUCAGCUUCCAUCGCGCUGCUCUGGUUCGUGACUGGUUUACCAAUAACCCAAGGUUUUCUAAUAUCUUUCUGCCUGCAUACUCCCCCUUUCUAAACCCGAUAGAGGAGUUAUUUUCGGCAUGGCGGUGGAAAGUGUAUGACCGAGAACCUUAUGUCCGUGUUCACCUCCUUCAGGCCAUGGAAGAGGCCUGCCUAGACAUAUCAGUAGAUGCAUGCCAGGGGUGGAUCAGGCAUGCAAGAGGAUUUUACCCCCGCUGCCUGGCUGGGGCCAAUAUAGCCUGUGAUGUGGAUGAGAUUCUCUGGCCUGACCCAGACCAAAGACAAGAUGCUGUGGUGGGAUAAUGUUUCUGGUGUGUGUUGUACUGUAUAGUACAUGAAUGACAAUGUGCCACUGUACAUACAUUGGUUGCGUCUUUUGUGUUUAUCAUGUGACAAGGGUUUUGAAGGGGAGAACCAUAAGCAACCUAAUUGUUUUGGAACUAUUGUUUUGAAUUAAUUGUACCAGUGUGCAAAACUCUGUUGUAGUGUGUGUGUUUUUGAGGGCUUGUGUUUGAUGUCUGAGGGCAAAGUUCGGUUUUUCAGCAGGAGUGAAUAGUUUUGGGUGUAGAGCUUCAUUUUGACCUGGAAAUAGGAUGUUUGGGGAAUUGAGUGAGAUGUU